GUUCAUCUCUGUUCCCCCGAUGGAUCAGGCGAAGGACUCUCCCUCUGACUCUGAAUGACGUGCAGCAGCUGGAACUGAGCAGGAACUCUCAUAACUAUCAAGACGGGAAUGAAUGAGAUGAACAAGUCCUCUGAGGAGUUGCACGCUCUGCCUCCAAGACCACCGAGCUUCCCUGAAGCUUCCUCAAAGAGACGGUUUGUCCGGCUGGGAAGGAAGACCAGUGAUGGUUCUCAGCAGUCAGGAUCAUCCACCUGCAGGUUAGCCGAGGAGGCGGCCGCCAGACAGCUCAGCAAGAGUCACAUCCGUCGCCACAACAACCGCCUAUCUGGUGUCUUCCUUCGAAGACCAGCCGCCAUCUCCGACUCCAUGGCACUGACCUCUGGACUCAAGUCAUCACGGACUGUCCAAGCCAGGAAGGGAAGCAUUCUCUCUGCAGAUGUUCUGCCAGCAGAUGACCCAUCCGAGCUUUCCAAUCAGAUAACCGCGCCUGGAAUCCUGAAGAUCUUCGGAAAUGAAAUCUGCGAAGGCGCUCACUACAAGAGCGUCCUGGCCACCACACACUCCAGCGCCAAGGAGCUGGUCAAGGAGGCCCUGGAACGGUACGGCCUGAGCAAGGAAGAGGCUGAGUCGUACGUCCUCUGUGACACCAUUGGCUCCAUUGUCAACCACGAGUGGAGAACAGAAGGGCUUCGGGUAUUGGGUGACCACGAGAAACCUCUCCUCCUUCAGUCACUAUGGAAACCCAGAGAGGGUUUGGCGAGACGGUUCGAAAUCCAGAGGAGAAGCUUGAUAGAGGAGAAGACUUCCAAGGAGCAGGACACCAUCACUGCUGGUAUCAAUGCCCAGGCUCGCAAACUGCAGAAGAGCCGCUCCAGAGUUUCCUCCACCCUUGUGGAAAGGACUAUGGGUCGGGGCCUCAAGCUGUGGAGGAGCAAAAGUGAAAUGGACCUCUUGGAUACGGACACCCAACAUCACACGGAUCACGAUGCGCCCGUCAAAGAUCGAUGCGAGAGCCUGGAUCAUUCUUCAGUCCUGGGCUACGAGCCCCUCAAAACAGGCCCAGAACAGAAUCCCAUUCACAGCUUUGCAGUUGGCUCCGAGGGGGGCAGCGGGUCAGGGACCAAGACAGAGGCCCUCUGUCUGUCAAGGCCAAGAGGCGAGCAGGAAGGAGAGGAAUCGGAGAGGGAGGAGACGGAGAGCAGCGACGACAACACCACACAGUAUUCCAUUCAUCCUCCUCACGACUGUCCGUACCUGCUGCUGCUGCAGGGCUGCAGCCUCACACAGGACUUUGUCAUCUACCUGCUGGCAGCCACGAACAUUGUUAUCGGUCAUCAACGUGGUCCUGAAGACCGGUCGAAAGCUGACAUCCUUCUCUCCGCCGCCGACAUCCUCCCAAAGCAUUGUUACCUGCAUCGCGCCGCCAGCGGCGGUGCUUUCAUGCUCUGCCCUUAUAAAGACGCCGUAGUCACCAGGAACGGUAAAGUUCUUAGAAACGAGGUGAAGCUCAACCCCGGCGACGUUAUCGGGCUCGGAAGGAGGUACCUGUUUCUUUUUAAAGACCCCUCAGCUUUGAUCCACAAGGAAGUCAACAGUGCUGCUCUCGAGCCCAGCGGGUGUCCUUCUCCGUGGACAACGAGUCAAAGUCCAGCCACACAAAUGAGCCAAACUGCAGAGAUGAUCCUCUGCAACAGCUGCAUCCUAAACUGCACUGACCUCCACAGCUCAAGCGGGACGCCGUCUCUUGACUCGGAUCCUCCGUUUCUCAAGUCCCCUGAAGGCCACAGCCUGACUCUGAACUACCGGGCUGAGGAUGAAGACCGCAUCGUCAAGGAGAUUGUUGCUAUGGUAGACAGCUGCAGACCUCCGCUGACAGUCCCCUUUCUGUUGAGCAUGUGUCUUCAGUAUUCCUCGGCGUAUCUUCAAACAUCGGACCUCCGCAGGCUCCUGCUGCUCAUUGCAAGCCAUGUUCAGAGUGCCAUGUGGGAGCACACGAAGGACUUCGCUGGAGUUCAGCCAGAAGUCCUCAGCAGCAAAAGUUCAAACCCCGAACACCCGCAGGCUCUCGACCUUGACGAGAUCGUCUCAGGACUGCGCCCCCUGGUGGUGUGGAUGUCCAACAGCCUGGAGCUGCUGCAGUUCGUCCAGAACCAGCUGCCUCUGAUUCUGGAGUGGAGAAGCCAGAAGGAGCAGAGCCAGGAGGACGAGGGAGGGGAAUGGGAGGACGACGAAAGCAAGGAAGCGCUGAACUUGGUGGUGUUGGAGCUUUGUAUGUCCGCCGUGCGCUCGGCCAGCGAGGAGACGAUGGCUGUCCUGGAGGAGGUCAUCAUGCUCGCCUUCCAGCAGUGUGUCUACUACAUCACCAAGUUCCUUUACCCAGUCCUGCCGGGCCUUCUGGACUGCAACCCGUUCAGGGAGAGUCCCCACGCGCCGGGGCCGGGCGACGGCGCUCGGGUCCUGGGUGGCAGCGGGCUGCAGGUCCCCGGGGAGAUCCAGCAGGUGGUGGAGGUCCUGAACCGAACCUGGACGCUGCUGUCCGACUGUCACGUCCACCAGGAGAUCUCCUCCCAGCUCAUCGGCUACCUCUUCUACUUCAUCAAUGCAUCGCUCUUCAACUCGUUCAUGGAAAGAGGCUCAGAGCCGGCGUUUUACCACUGGUCCAGAGGCGUGCGGAUGCGGGCCAAUCUGGACAUGCUGCUGGACUGGGCCCACGCCGCCGGACUGGGAGAGCUGGCCUUGGAGCACACACACACUCUCUCCUCGGCUAUCAAUCUGCUGGCUACACCUAGAAAGAAGUUACUGAAGACGUCGUGGGCUUCCCUGCGCUCUGACUUCCCUGCCCUGAGUCCGGCCCAGCUGAACCACCUGCUGAGUCUGUACAGUCCCGCUUCCCCCUGCAGACACACCUGGUCUCCGUCGGCGCAGGAUCUGGCAGCGGCACGGGAAACUGCCGAUAUCCUGGAGAGCUUUGACACCCACCACCCGCUGGUGCUUCCCGAUGACGGUUACCGGCUUCAGCUGAGGAGUCCACUUACAGAGUCGGCUCUGAUGGAGCAGCUGCACAAGCUCAAGGAGUUUAUUUCCACAAUUUCUGACUCCCAGUUAAAAGUUGCAGCUGCUAAGAAGCUCCAGGUGGAUGCUGCUCAGACGAACAUCCUUCAGGACUCCAGCUGGGAAGCCUUCAACAGAUCACCAGAAGAGCUGACUUUCUCUCAGGCUGCCAUCCCAAGCUGCUUGUCUCCCUCCACCAGCACCCCUCGUAACCUCACCCCCCGCCUGGAUGAACUCAGCUACGGAGAUGUGCAUAUUUUGACUCAAAAGCUGAUGAAUCUGGAGCUGCAGAGCAGACAGACGGAGACCAGCAACUCCAAGAGGUCGGCUCUGGAGCCCUCCUGCCUCCUGACUCCCCCCAACACUCCACACAUGCUGGACGCCCUGGACCUGCUGAAGGCCGACCAGAACAAGCUGCUGAAGGAUGAGAUACUUCCCCAGUCCUCUGCUCUGGAUCCGCUAAGUGAAGAUGGGUUAGUGUUUGAAUGUCUGGCUGCGCUGAAGGCAGACCGCUUAAACACAGACCACAGCAACGUGAGCAGGCUGGUGGAGCUGAAGGAGGAAGAGGAGGAGCUGGACGAGGAAGAGGAGGCAGAUUACAGCAGUGAGGAGGUUUUUAGCUUGGAGCUGGAACGAGGCAAAAGAGGGCUGGGUCUCGCUCUGGUGGACACACGGGACACGUCCCUGAAGGUGAAGGGCAUCUUCAUCAGCACGGUGCUCCCUGAUUCUCCUGCAGCCCGGUGUAAGAAACUGGUGCCGGGAGACAGGAUCCUGGCCGUUAACGGAGUCAGCCUGCUGGGGCUGGAUUACCAGAGUGGAAGGGAGCUGAUCCAGUCGUCGGGCGCCAGACCCAGGCUGCUGCUGGCCCGCUCUCACCUGCACCACUACACAGACUGA